AAAAAUCUUCAGAUUCCUUUGAAAAAGCCCAGCAGAAGGCUAAAGAGGCUGAAGAGGAGUCGGAUCUACAAACAGAUGCAGAUGUAAGGCAGCCAUCAGUUGCUCAAUAAAGAAACACAGGAAGGGAUAUAUCUAUCCUGCGCUCCUUAGAGGAAAUCAAACAGGAUCAGCGGGAGAUCAAGGCAAUGUUGGCUACAUUGAUCCAACAAACACACGGACCUGUGGGGGACCAGGAACUUCCUGAAGGAAUCGUCCUUCCAGUGAAAAGAUUGGAAGAUGUUGAGGGCAUAGAAUAAAGGCUAUGUGAUAAAGCCACAUUUCGGAUGUUGGUUGACUAUUUAUCCAAUGUUGUGGGGUCCUCCGUCAAACUCAUGACCAAGCGGCUAAUGGCGGGGGUUCUUGACAACCAGUUUGCUAAAGGUUUCAACUGGACAGGGCGCGGAAAGAUGUCCUUUCAGUCGCUGAAGCUGUGUUUGGCCAUUCUCCAAGCUGUCAAGCGAGUGUUUCCAAACACAACUACCAGUGAGACGGAGUUCUUCAUAAAAGAAUGGCUGAGAAAUGCAAGUGAUCGUGAGGGAGUGCGCAAAAACCGCACCAAGCCACCUACGAUGGCAUCAGCCAUGGCUGAAGAAGAUUCGGAUCAUUAGAUCGGGGCUCGAAUCAUUCUACGUCAUUUCAUGUAUUAAACAGUUAUUGCUGUGACCACUCGGCAAUCCGGACUGUUAUAAGCUUUUUAUACUUUAUUUAAUAAGUAAUCUAAAUGCAUUUACAGAAACUAGCUUUUUUGCAAAAUUUAAUGGAAUUAACAGAAACUAGGUAUACCUUUGGCAGUGGCAGAGUUAGCCCUGCCCUUUAAGACUGUUUAUUGUUCCAAAUACGUAGUUUAGAUUUGAUUGUAGAUAAAAAGUGCAUUGUUUUACUUAUUGUGUAUAUGAAUUUAAAUUGAUUGCCCUUAAUUCCUGUUUCAUGCAUGUUGUGUGUUAUACUUGCAUACAGACGCUUUAUGUAAAAUAUGUUUUUCCAUAUUCUGAUAACAUCAUUUCUUCUGUUUUACAAUAGUCCAGUGACAUCAUUUAUUCUGUUUUGUCCAAAUACCGAUGACAUAUUGUGUUUUUUGACUUGUCUGAUAACUUGUAUUCAAAGCAAAAUGCUUUAUUAUUAUAUCAUAUUCAAGAACAUUAAGAUUGGUUGGAAUCCAACAACAUUAAGUAUUGGUUGGAUUCAGUUUUAAAAUUCUUUGAUUAAUCAUGCAGAGACAAACGUGCCUGAUAAAUUAAUUUAGCAUGACGCAAUACGUGUAUUUUAAGUAUUA